GUCCGCACCGCCGCCAUUUAUAUUUCACCGCCAUUUUACAUCAACCCUGCAGAGAUUAGAUUACGAAGAUGACGGCUCAAAUGGAAAAUCAACUUUGCAAGCUGUUUGUCGGCGGUCUUAACGUCCAAACUACCGAUGACGGACUGCGAGAGCAUUUCGAGCAGUUCGGGAAGCUCACGGACUGCGUGGUGGUGCAGAACCAGCAGCUGAAACGCUCGCGUUGCUUCGGUUUCGUGACCUACUCGAGCCCGGAGGAGGCAGACGCGGCCAUGGCGGCCCGACCUCAUGUUCUGGACGGCAACAACGUCGAGCUGAAGAGGGCCGUCGCGCGGGAAGAUGCAGGAAAGCCCGAGGCUCUCGCAAAAGUGAAGAAAAUAUUCAUCGGCGGUCUUAAAGACGAUAUCGAGGAGGAUCAUCUCCUCGACUGCUUCUCGCAGUUCGGUGCGGUGGAGAAGGCGGAGGUGAUCACAGACAAAGAGACCGGCAAGAAGCGCGGCUUCGGCUUUGUUUAUUUUGAGGACAACGAUUCGGCCGAUAAAGCAGUGGUGCUCAAGUAUCACAUUAUUAACGGGCAUAAAGUGGAGGUGAAGAAAGCCCUGACCAAGCAGGAGAUGCAGGCUGCUGGUAGUCGCGGUGGCCGCGGCGGCCGAGGAGGCGGACGGGGGAUGGGCAGACCGCAGAACGGCUACGGCGGGCGCGGCGGCGGAUACGGCAACUACGGCGGCGGCGGCGGCUAUGGGGGCAAUGACGGCUAUGGAGGCGGAUACGGUGGCGGGUAUGGGGGAGGCUACGGGGACCAAAUGGAGGGCUACGGCGGUGGUAACGGCUACAAUGACUUUGGCAGCGGCUAUGGCCAGCAGUCCUCUGGCUAUGGCCCAAUGAAAGAGGGUAUGCAAUGGAAGGAUUUAAAUAAAAUCUCACUUCCACCUGCGGCCGCUUGAUGAACCUCUGCUGUGGCUGUGAAUCCAGUUGCUCUGAAAUGUUGAGGAAGAACUCCGUCAGUCAGUUUGUCUUGCGGAGUUUGCAUAUGAAUGCAUAUGCAUGCUAGAUUCCUGUGGACCUCUUAAGAGGCAGGAUGCCUAUGGCCUGGUGCCAAGAUGAUGCCAUGAUAACAGUACCGGGAGGGCGGCUUCAUUCGGAUGCUUUGACUGCAGUUGAAUCUAAUGCAAUAAGUGAUUGGAAAACAUGGGCAUAUGAACAGGAAUGAACCUGGCAUUUAAUGUGUUAUAUGAAUUCAAUAAAAAAGUGAACUGAA